AUGAUCGAUUUGCACGAUCUCAAUCACAUCUCAAUCAAUGGAGAUAGAAGUGUUGCAACCAUAGAGCCUGGAAAUGAGUGGAUCCAGGUCUACGAUGCUUUGGACAAGUACGGCGUAAGUGUCGUUGGAGGGCGUGGUCCGACAGUUGGAGCCGGUGGAUUCAUGUUAGGAGGCGGCUACUUCCACUGGUCUGGCAAGUACGGCAUGGCUGCAGACAACGUGAAAGAUUUCGAGGUCGUACUGGCUGAUGGAACCAUUGUGAAUGCAAAUGCGAAGACCAACACCGAUCUUUUCUGGGCACUCAAAGGCGGAGGUCCAAACUUUGGAAUUGUCACCAAGAUGCAACUCUACACCGUCCCAAUCCAGAAGAUCUGGUAUCAGCUUGGACUCUAUCGUGCCGAGCAGGCUCCUGAGCUCAUAGACGCUUUUGCAAAAUGGCAAAAUGAGGGAGCGUCCGACACGAGAGGCUCUGUUGGUUUUCUCAUUGGCACUGAGACGGCGUUCGUUGGUCUUUUCUGGUUGGAGCCUGCCGUGAAACCAGAGGUCUUUGCACCCUUCUACGACAUUCCUCAGAUCGAGCCAGCCGCGAAGCCUAUCAAUAGCACCUUAAUAGAGCUAACAAACCUGUUGGGAUUCGUUGGCGGUGCAUCUUCGGCCAGGUACCUGAUUUCUGCUCAAUGCCACACGCUAUAUGAGUUCUGGAAGCCAAGGGCGCAAGCGCUACAUAACACGACCGGUGCCAACUCGACCUUUGUGUUCCAGCCCGUGCCAAAGUCUGUCGCCGAGGCAGGUAUCGCGAAGGGAGGGAAUGCAAUGAAUAUCCCAGUAGAGAACCAGAUGUGGUGGAGCUCUACGAUGGACUGGGAGGACGCAGCGGAUGAUGACACUGUGCGAGCGUUGUCGAUUGAGACCACUAAUAAGUGGAAAGAGCUCGGUCAAGCUCGUGGCUCCUAUUUGCCUCACUUAUUCAUGAACGAUGCUUCUCGUGACCAGAACCCCUUGGCUUCUUACGGGCAGAAGAACCUACAGCGGUUGAAGCAGAUUGCUGGAAAGUAUGAUCCAGGACAGCUAUUCCAGAAGAUUCAGAACAGUGGUUUCCUUCUUUCCAAGGCUUAA